ACAGCCGCCUCCACCAUGCAGCCGAAGUGUGACCCCAACGAGAUCAAAGUCGUACACCUGAGGUGCACUGUGGGUGAAGUUGGUGCCACGUCUGCACUGGCCCCCAAGAUCGGCCCCCUGGGCCUGUCUCCAAAAAAGGCUGGUGAUGACAUUGCCAAGGCAACGGGUGACUGGAAUGGCCUGAGGAUUACGGUGAAACUGACCAUUCAGAACAGACAGGCCCAGACUGAGGUGGUGCCUUCUGCCUCCACCCUGAUCAUCAAAGCCCUCAAGGAACCACCAAGAGACAGAAAGAAACAGGAAAACAUUCAACACAGUGGGAAUGUCACUUUUGAUGAGAUCAUCAACAUUCCUCGACAGAUGCGGCACCGACCUUUAGCCAGAGAACUCACUGGAACCAUUAAAGAAAUCCUGGGGACUGCCCAGUCUGUGGGCUGUAAUGUUGAUGGCUGCCACCCUCAUGACAUCAUAGAUGACAUCAACAGUGGUGCUGUGGAAUGCCCAGCCUGUGAUGAGUCUCCACCUCAGAGGGGCCUCCCCAGAGAGCUUCUAUGGCAUUCCCACCUCCCUAAGGCCUGCAGCAUAACCGGCUCUCAGCCCCGGGUGUCCAUCCCCACCCACCACUGUCCUGGGGGCAGCACAGACUGGCUUCCCCAGCCGCCUCCACUGAAGAAAGGCCCAGACAGUAGUGGGACAAAACGGCGCCCCAUGAGGGCCCAGUGGACGUCUUGGAUCCAGGUAUGGCAGGACCACCUGCUCUGGCGGAAGGCCAGUGGCCCUCCAGUGGGGGUCUCCUCACCCACCCAGGACGAGAACUGA